CGCUGCCGGGGCCUGCUGCUCCACGCCUCCACCCCCCACUCCCCUCUCUCUUGAAAGGAUUCUCCCCCACGCCACUAUUUAAUCCCGGGACGAGGCGUGGUGACCGGCGAGGUGAGGCCGGGGGGAGGAAGCCGAGCGCCGAUCGACCACUGCUAACCAGCGAGAAACCCUAGCCCCACCUCCCGAUCUCUACCACGCCGCAAUCCCAAGCCCCAGCGACGAACUAGCUCGCCUCCCCAAAGCUCCCUGCUUUUGGGAUCGAUCCCCUCGCCGAUGGAUCCGAAAAAGCACUAGUUUCCGAAGAUUUUAGCACCCAAUUUGAUUUAAUUCCUCCUCCCUCUUAUCUAAUCCCUCGCCACAUUUCGGCCUAAUUUGCUUAGUUCGGAUCCCGUCCCGACCCCGUAGUAGGCAGCAGCGAGCAUAAGGGGUUGAUUAAUUAAGCAUCACCUGCAGAAAAGCAGCAAGGAAAAUACUACAGGAAACGAAGCUCUGACGGCCGGGGACGCAGAUGGACGCUGAGACGGUGCAGGCGGCCCAUCUGCAGAACUCUCCGAAGCCGCAGGUCAGCAAGUACUACUUCAAGAAGAAGACCAGUAGUCACUGCAACAGAAAUGGCAAGGAUGGUGCCAACCACGACUCCAGGAUCCAACCCGGGUCGCCCUUGAGCAAACAGAGCCUGACCUUCUACGAUACCCCCACCUACCACGCUGGAGCCUUUUACGAGAUCGACCACGAUAAGUUGCCCCCUAAAUCCCCAAUCCAUCUGAAAUCCAUACGGGUGGUAAAGGUGAGCGAGUGCACGAGCCUGGACGUUACGGUGAAAUUCCCGUCCCUCCAGUCGCUGCGAAGCUUCUUCUCCUCCUACCCGGCGUUUGCCGCUGGGCCGGAGCUCGACGAGCGCUUCGUCAUGAGCAGCAACCAUGCCGCGCGCAUCUUGCGCCGCCGGGUGACCGAGGAGGAGCUCGAGGGCGAGGUGCACCAGGAUAGCUUCUGGCUCGUCAAGCCCUUUCUCUACGACUUCGCCACGUGCCAGCAGGAGGCGCCGCUUCCACCGCCGCCCGCGCCACCGGCGGCCGACUCCUGCCUGCUCACCACCUUGAAGUGCGAUGGCGCCGGGUGGGGCAUGAGGCGCCGUGUCAGGUACAUUGGUCGGCAUCGUGAUGAAGCUCCCAAGGAGGCUGGCAUCGAUGGUUCCGAGACAGAGUUCAGCAUCGGAGAGGAGCAGCAGCGUCCAGCCACGCGGGAAGUUACGAGGAGCGAAAGAAACUGUAAGAGGAAACGGGAGGCAGAAGGAAGCAGCAAGGAGAAGUACAAAGACGAGGGCAAGACGAAUCGCAAGGUUCAGGGUGGCAGCAAAAAAAGUUCAAAGAAGGCGAAGAAGCGCACCGUGGAGUCCAAGGACGGCGACCCUCGGCACGGCAAGGACCGAUGGUCAACCGAGCGCUACGCCUCAGCAGAGAGGAGCCUGCUCGACAUCAUGCGCUCCCGCGGUGCUCGUUCCGGCGCGCCGGUGAUGCGGCAUGUGCUGCGGGAGGAAGCCCGUAAGCACAUCGGCGACACCGGCCUCCUUGACCACUUGCUCAAGCACAUGGCCGGCCGGGUGCCAGAAGGCAGCGCUCACCGAUUCCGUCGCCGUCACAACGCGGACGGUGCCAUGGAGUACUGGCUCGAGCCGGCCGAGCUUGCUGAGGUGCGGCGACAGGCCGGUGUGUCUGAUCCAUACUGGGUGCCGCCACCCGGAUGGAAGCCGGGUGAUGACGUCUCCCUCGUUGCCGGCGACCUAAUUGUCAAGAGGCAGGUUGAGGAGCUCACCGAGGAGGUCAAUGGCGUAAAAAGGCAAAUGGAGCAGCUAGUGGGCAAGGAUGGGAACUUUGAUGCAGAAAGAGCUUACAGUUCAUUGAAGGAGAAGUACCAGAGUGUUGUGAGGGCUAAAGAAAAGCUAGAGAAGCAGAUGUUCUCUUUGAAGGAUAUCUGUGGUAAUGUGGUUAAGAUGAAUGAUGAGCUGAAGAAGGAGAUGUUAUCCUUCAAGGACAAGUACGAGCAUAUAGCUGACAAGAAUGAUAAGUUAGAGGCGCAGAUUACCUAUCUCUCCAGCUCCUUCCUUUCUUUCAAGGAUCACGUUGUGAUGGCGCUGAAGACGGAAGAAACAGCUCAUCAGCUGGGACUGGCUCCCUGCGAUGAGGAUCAAGAAGCUGCUCCCCGCACAGCAGCAGUGUACCUCGCUUCCGGUGACCAGAUGACCCCGCGGGCCGACGGCACCGUCAUCCAAGGCGUCCCGGACAGGUCGGCGAGGAAGAGCAGCUUCCGCAUCUGCAAGCCACAGGGCACGUUCCUGUGGCCCAGCAUGGCGUCCGGCACGACCAUCAGCGGGGGCGUCAGCAGCAGCUGCCCGGCCGCCGCCACGCCCGGCCCAGGGAUCCGUCGCGGCACCAGCUGCCCCAGUAGCGCCGGGCCGGGGCUCCCGCGGUCGUCGCGAGCCCCGGCAGUUGAGGUGGCGGCGGCGACGGCGUGGGCGGGCCGGGACGAGCACCUGAUGCUCGGCGCCCUCUUCUCCACGCCGCCCUCUGCGUCGUCCACCAACGCCGCCGCCGCAGCGGCCAAGCUGCAGCUGUCCCUGCCCAGCCCGAGGUCGCCCCUGCAGCCGCAAAAGCUGUUCGGCACUGCCGCCGCCGCCGCUGCCGGGUUCAGUCCUCAAAAGCUGCUGCACUUCUCCGGCUUGACUCGACUUCAUGUGGACACCCCGCCCUCGUCGCCCGGGGCCUGCGGCGCCAGCCUGCUGGAGGGGAAGAGGGCCCUGUUCAAUGCAGACGCCGGCGGGAUCAGUGUGGUGGGCACCGAACUGGCCCUGGCUACUCCCUCCUACUGCUAAGCUGCUCCUACCUCAACUCCAUCUCCUCCCUAGUCCUCCACAUCCGCAAGCAGUCUUCGGCUUUUACUCGUCCUCGGUGCACAGAUAAGGAAGAGGCAGCACGCAAAUACAGAAAAAAAAAAGCAAAAAAAAAAAAGAGGAGGAAGAAGGGUAGGAAAUCGCUUGAGAAAUUUUUGUUGCGUAGUUCAUAGCCAUCUGAGGUUUGCUGGUUUGGUCAGUCCCUAGUUAAUUUUUGUGUCGUCGAAGAUUCUCUUCUGGUGGGUUGCUAGUACUCGCAUUGGAUUAAUCCCUUUAGCUAUCAGCUGCGUAUAGUCGUUUGCCCUGUCAUUGGUGCAUGACACGUUUGGAGUAGAAUGUGUCAAUUUUGCUGGCUCCAUAGGGCACAUGUUAUAUAGUUUUAUAUAUAGACUAUCCGGUUACUCUUGUGUGGCAUAAAAUCCAUGCCUCGUUGAACCACAUAUCUGUUUGGUAAUUUAGUGUUGCACAUAUA